CACGCGUCGAAUGCGGUGUUUUCUUUUUACUGUCAUUUUUUGUUGAAAAACAUAAAAGAAAGCAAUUUUAAAGUAAAGUAUUGUAUAUAUACACUGCCAAGAUGGUGAAGCUUACUCCGGAGUUGAUAAACCAGUCCAUGCAAUACAUAAAUCCGUGCAGGGAGCGGGAGCUCGAUUUGCGCGGCUACAAAAUUCCACAGAUCGAAAAUCUUGGUGCUACUCUGGACCAGUUCGACACCAUUGACUUGUCGGACAACGAUUUGAGGAAGCUGGACAAUCUGCCGCACCUGCCGCGUCUCAAGUGCCUGCUGCUGAACAACAAUCGCAUCUUGAGGAUCAGCGAGGGCCUCGAGGCCGUCGUUCCCAAUCUGAGCUCCAUCAUUCUGACGGGCAAUAACUUGCAGGAGCUCAGCGACUUGGAGCCGCUCACUGCGUUCAGCAAGCUAGAAACCAUAUGCCUGCUCAUCAACCCAGUCUCCACAAAGACCCACUAUCGCGAGUACAUGGCCUACAAGUUUCCGCAUCUGCGCCUGCUCGACUUCCGGAAGAUAAAGCAGAAAGACAGGCAGGCGGCCCAGGAGUUCUUCCGCACCAAGCAGGGCAAGGACAUGCUUAGGGAGGUUACCAAAAAGUCAAAACUAAGCGCCGCCGCAGCACUGGCCGCAGAGGCGAGUAGCGGCAAAGGCAGGGGCUCUGAUGGUGGUCGCUUUGCCAACCCAGAGGAUAUGCAGCGCAUCCGCGAGGCCAUCAAGCGGGCCAGUUCCCUGGCAGAGGUGGAGCGGCUGUCACAGAUACUACAGAGCGGGCAACUGCCGGAGAAGUUCCAGCACGAAAAGGACCUGGGGCAGAACGGAUCAUCGCAUAAUGGCUCGGAGCCCGUGGCCAUGGAGUACUAGGAUUUCCCAUAGCUGUCAGCUACCUUUUAACUGUAGAACAAUAUUUGUAAUAAAAAGCCGCAACAAAUUAUGUUCCCAUUUUUUGCACACUAGAUACACAUCCAUACAUACACAAAUAUA